CUCCCGCCCCCUCGCCGCCGCCCUAUAAGUUGCCCGGCGCAGACGCCGGGCCAUGGGGCGCGCCCGCUGUCCCCCGCGAUGGAGCCGGCCGAGGGCUCCCACCUGGACGCGCUCGCCUACCUGGAGUGCGCGCUGGGCUUGCUGGGCUCCGUGCUGCUGAAGCUGGUGCGCUCGGCCUACGGGCGCUACGCGUCUCCGCGCCCCGCCUGCCGCGUGCCGGCGCGGGCCGCCUGGGCGCUGCAGGAGCUGCCCUCGCUGGCCGUGCCGCUCUGGGUGUGCGCCCGCACGGCUGCCGAGCGCCUCCGCCACGCGCCCAACCGCGUCCUCCUGGCCAUGUUCCUCGUCCACUACGCGCAACGUUCUCGGUUUUUUUCCAACCGUCGCUUUCCCGUGUGUCGGGGACAACGCGGCGGUGACCUCUUAGUCCCGUCGUGCCAACCUCUGGCGUGGUCUCCCGGGGGAGCCCAGGUGUCAUCGCGAACCACACACCGCUUUGCUGUCCGGAGCAGGAAUAAACUUAGCCACCCUCCACCGUGCGUCCCGAGCACGAAGGGCCCGCUUCCCUGUCUGCGCGGGACACGUGCGCACUGGUCCUUGAUUUUCCCACUUCUGAUCCGAGGAGGAAAGCCGAUGCCCCUGUACACGUGUACGUUGGCGUUCAUGUUCUGUGUCUAUAACGGCUACUUGCAGAGCAGAUAUUUGAGUCAGUAUGCGGUGUAUGCGGAUGACUGGGUCACUGAUCCCCGAUUUCUACUAGGUUUCUGCUUAUGGUUAAUAGGCAUGCUGAUAAACAUCCAUUCCGACCAUAUCCUGAGGAAUCUCCGGAAACCAGGGGAGACUGGAUAUAAAAUACCAAGGGGAGGCUUAUUUGAAUACGUAACAGCAGCCAACUACUUUGGGGAGGUGGUCGAGUGGUGUGGCUACGCCCUGGCCAGCUGGUCCGUUCAAGGCGGGGCCUUCGCGGCCUUUACCUUCUGUAUUUUAGUCUCCCGAGCACAGCAGCAUCACCAGUGGUACCUUGAGAAAUUUGAAGAUUAUCCAAAGUUCAGGAAAAUUAUAAUCCCGUUUUUGUUGUAAAUUUGUUGUCAGUGGAUGGUCUCCGACUUGCCGCGUUUCAGUGAUGUUUCUCUAGGGAUCGUGUAAAUGAAUUGCUUUCUGUCAUUUUCCUGUUCCUUCAUCUGUUUCAAGAUUUGCUCUAGGAAUGUGUUCCUGGUAAGUGCGUAAGCUGCCUAACACCAAGCUAAUGAGACUGAAAUGCAGGCUGGAGUAGUGGGCUGCAUGCCGGCUCGAGAAUCUGCAGCUCUGGGUCAUUCCAGCUGACCACUUCUCUGAUUUUGGAGUCUCCUCUUUUGGCUGCAUACAGCUAAGUGGGCACAAGACCAGGAUUACGAGCCAUUUCUGACGGCCUCUGUGGACUGAAACAUGUCACUGCCCCUGUACUACCCAUUCCAACCAUCAGUUCAAGGCCGGAGGUGAUGUUGCCCCCUCCCCUGAUAAAGGCAGAACUGUCUCCAUGGUCCUGCUCACCCCGCUGGGUCAGCGAGGCCAGGGGGCAGAGAGAGGAGACACGGGGCCAGCUGAGGCCUGGACAAGAGGCCUCUGGCACCUGCAGCAUCCUGGCUCCCCGGGCGACUAGACUACAGGGCAGGGGACUGUGUGCACUCAUGUAAGGGGUAAGGCGCUCUGUCCCCCACCGAGAGGACUUUUGGAGGCCCUGGUGGGAGCAGGGAGCCCCUUGUGCUGAUCACCACAGGCACCAGCAGUCUCUGGUUUAAGAUGAUUUUUCUUCCUUCCAGGUAGAACUAGCAAGUUUUAAAGCACUUUUUUCUCAGUACCCUCAGUAUCCCAAAACAGUAUCUUGAAACAGAAUGUCUUACUCUAGAUGCCCUUGAGAGGUCCGCGGAGGUAAAUCAUAGGAAUAAAAUGGACCACAUACUGCCUGAUAUGUAAAAGAUAUCUCAGGAGGCUGAGAAUCUGUAAAAGAAAUCUAACAGAAGGCUACUAAAUCUCUGGGCCACUCUGUGAAGCUCUGGUGGGACACGUGGCGGAGGUCCCCUCCUGGCUGUGGCAGCAGUGCCUCAGUGGCCACCGCGUCUGUGGAGCCAGAAUCUGCAGGAGCAGGGGAGGAAAGGAGGAGACUGUUCACUCCGAUCCGUUGACCUGCUAGGUGGGUGGCUGGGGGCGUCCAGAGCAUGCGCGGCCCCAGAGCCCCCCAUGGGCUCCCCGACCCCUCUCCUGGCUGACCUUCCCAGCCACGGUCUCGCUCCUCUCGAGGUUUUAUGUAGAAGCCAUGUUCUCGGUGUUAGUGAUUUGCGGAGUCUUCGUUUGAUUUCAGAAUUACGCAGCCAACGUCUCCGAUGGAACUAUGCUUCAUUGUAACUGGCGACAGAACGUUUUUGAAGAGAAAUUUUGGUAUUCAAUGCACUUUGUUCCUUUUUCUGAGCCUUUUCCAAUUACUUGAGAACACGAAGCAAUAAAUAUUUUGGAUCGCCUCGGGAAAACUCAAAAGUCCAAGCAAGUCACGAUGGAUUUGGGCCGCUGUGCUCUGGCAGGCGCACGAGGCCGGGAGGAGGAUGCUAGUCUGAGAGCCGGAGAAGCUCGCUGUGAUGUUUUCCUCCUUUUGUGAACGGCCCGAGGGAAGGAAUGCUUGGGCUGACUCAGGCUUUGGUGUGUGGUUCAUGCUUUCACCCGCCCACACUGGGUGGACGGUUGAUAGGAACAAACCUUCCAUCGUGUCUCUCCGCCCUCCCUCCAUUUCCUAAAAACUGCCACUUAGCAAAUUGUCAUCAAUUUCUGUGUUAAUCAUAACAAGGAGAUUAAUAAAAUUACUUCAAGCCCAGUUGUUUUGCGUUCAGGCUGACUCCAGUGUCCCGGCACGCCCUCACUCCACAAACUCACGCCGUACCGUUGUGCUGAGCCCAGACACCUGCUUGUCCUCGAUGUCCCCAUUCCGUCGUGUCAGACACGAAGACGCGUCUCCGGUCCUCGGCGGAGCUGAGGGACACUCUGUAAAUGCCGUGCCUGCCUGUUCAGGUAGUUGUUCGGUAUCUGAUGGUUUGCUCGUUGUGGAUGACAGUGCGUCCCCAAGCACGUUUUGUAACGAGGGUAAAUGAGCACCAUCGGUGUUCACGUGUUUCUCCUGCCAGCCCAGCCUCUGGGGGCAUUUUGUGCAUCCCUGCCAUUCUGUCCGGUUAAGCUCCGGUUCUGGAACGUCACCGUCCCACCAUCCGCAAACCUGUCACGUUCUUGUUUAGGGGUACUUGAGGCUGCUGUUUCUGCUGUCGCUCGCUUCCUAUAGUAACAAGAAAUUCGAGAACAAUGCUGAAUAAUAAAGGGGGUCGUCAGGAUUCUUGUGCGAUUUUAACAGCAGUGCCUUUCUGUGAGAUUACGGUUUGGAACGUUUCUUUUAUUUUCUUACUUGGUCAUUGGUCUGUUUUCUACUGGAGCCAAUGGAAUUGUUUCUUUGCUUUAAAAAAAAUCUGCAAUAUUUCUCUUGAGAUUUUCAAGGGGACUGCAUACACAUCAGAAAUGAGAAAGAGGGCUUUCCGUCAGGUGCAGAGGGGGAAGGCGAACUGAGAACACACCCACAUGGGACGCUGAUCUUGUGGGUUUUCUUCAUUAAAUGUUCUCUGCGUGUCCUUUAUGAUGGUGAUUUCCUCUGUGUCUCCUGACUUCCUAUUUGCUUAUCUUCACUGUUCUAAUUUAGGGGAAAUCUUUUCAUCGUGCUCAUAACUGCUCGGGAGGACUACCUCAGUCAUCUGUUUGCCCAACAGGUGUAUUUGUAGCUUUUAAGGCUGUGUGUUUCUGCUACGUGACACUUCCUAAGGUUUUGCAGGGUUUUUUUUUUAACACAUUAAAUUACUUUUGAGAGAGAGAGAGACACACACACAGAAUCUGAAGCAGGCUCCACGUUCCGAGCUGUCAGCAUAGAACCCGAGACGGGGCUCGAACUCACAAACGUGAGAUCAUGACUUGAGCCAAAGUGGUUUGCUUAACCCACUGAGCCCCCCAGGCGCCCCUGCACUUCCUAGAGUUUAAUGACCUUCCUACAAUUAUGACCCUAAAUAGUCUCCAGCUGUACUUGUUAGGUUUGUCUCAAUCUCACUAUUUCUAGGAAAUUCAUUUUGGUUUGAAAGGGUGCUUUUUUUCUUCUCAACCGUUUGAGAGAUUUCAUUGAAAGGUUUUUCUUCUUUUUGACACAUGUGGACACAGUAGAGAUCAUUUUCUGUGAAAUCUCUCCCGCGCAGAUUUUGAGUUUUCCUUCUGUGGCCUCAAGCUCUUAAUAACAAGGCCGUUCUCCAAAGCUGAUGCUGUUUGUUCUGUCGUGUGUUAAUUCAGAGAUAUUGACCCCAUUGUUAAACUUGUCUGCAACCUUAUUUCUCUCCCAUGUCAGAUUUCCCUUGUGUGUCUAAUAGUUUUUGCUUUGUGUUUUGCUGCCGGCAUUCUGCAAAACUUUUCAUCCACCCUGUUAUCAAUGUGAGAUAAUCUUCCCGCUGAGUGCUGCUCUCCUGGGAUCCGGCUUUGCUCCGAAUACUGCCAUGCUACGGCUUUCGUUGGCACAUUCACCCGGCGUUUCCCGGCCCUUCCAAGCACUCAGAUUUGUUUCAUUUUCUUUAACAACACGAGAAACAGACUUGGCCGUGGAAUAAGCUGGCUCAGAUUCUCUCAUUAACUGCGAUACUGAAAUGUCCUUUUAUCGUGUUUUCUAUUUUUAGUAUUUGUAACUUCCUUUUUAAAAAAAUUUUCUAUAGUGACUUAGAGAAAUAUUUCCUUUAAAGAGGCACCCGUGUCUGACUCUUGAUUUCGGCUCAGGUCACCAUCUCACGGUUAACAAGUUCAAGUCUCGCAUCAGGCUCCGCGCUGACAGUUCUGAGCCUGCUUGGGAUUCUGUCUCUCUCCCUCACUCUCUGCCCCUCCCCCUGCUUGUGUGUGCACGUGCAUUCUCUCUCUCUCCCUCUCUCUCUCUC